UAUAGAGUAGAUGUAGAACGCGAGUAGUAGAUUUUGCAUAGUAAAAUUACGGGAGUCUCUUAAUUACCUAUUAACAACUCUGAAUACAUGGUUGCAUUUUGUCACCAAUGCUGUUUAAUUUGGACUCGGAGGCAAUAAUGUCAGAGGCACUGCAUAAUUUGGACUGUGGAAUAAAAAUUAAUGGACGCAACAUUAACAAUCUGAGAUACGCCGACGACACAGUACUUAUAGCAUCCUCCCUUCAAGAUCUGCAGAAAAUAGUUGACCGGGUAAAUGUGUGCAGUGAAAAAACGGGUCUUUAAAUGGACGUCGCGAAAACGAAGCUCAUGGUUGUAUCGAGAAAAGAAGUGAUUGACGACUGCAUAUAUAUAGCGGGCCAAAAGCUGGAGAGGGUGCGGAAAUAUAAAUAUUUGGGUACGUGGUUAAACGAAACUUGGGACAGCGAUCAAGAAGUCAAGACCCGUAUCGAAAUAGCACGCAAUGCAUUUGAAAAAUUGCGUAAAAUUUUCUGCUCUCGCAGCCUUAAAAUAUCUUUGCGCAUUCGACUCCUAAAGUGUUACAUCUGGUCCAUCCUUCUCUACGGAUGCGAGGCUUGGACUAUAAAAGAAAACCUCAGGAAAGGUAUUGAAGCGUUCGAGAUAUGGGCCUAUAGACGGAUGUUGGCCAUAAGCUGGACUCACAAAGUAUCAAACGAAGAGGUUCUGCGACGGGUUAAUCAAAAACGGGAACUUUUGCAGACCAUCAAGAUGAGAAAAGUAUCUUACCUCGGCCACGUGUUCAGGCACGACAGAUACGAACUCCUCCAACUCAUCUUGAUGGGAAAAGUCCCCGGUAAAAAGAGUGUUGGUCGCAGAAACGAACAGAAAGAAAGGUGUGUGUUGCGCAACAUCCGAGAGUGGACAGGGGUUACGAGUGCCACCCAACUGUUUCGCCUCGCAAGAGACAAAAUAAAAUAUGGAGAACUGAUCGCCAACCUUCGCUAGUCGAAGAGGCACAUCAAAACGAAGAAUGGUUCCUAAGGAAGAUGAAUCUAAGGGUUUCCUUAAGUAACUAUUAAACACGGUCGUUACUAUCGUAUUUGUAGUGGAGUUGUGGUAAACCAUAACUCCUACUACUAACUACUUUCGUAUUGUUUAUAAAUGGGUACAACAAUAAAAGUAUUUGAUAG